CAUCAACACCAUCACUAACGCUCAAUAUCUGCGAUCACGUCCUUCCAAAAGCCCUCAAAAUGCCCAGCCGAACGAAGCCGAUUGAAAAGUUUGCGCAGGCCGUGGCCAAAUGCUCCGUCGAGGUGACUAAUCUCCCAUUUCUGCCACGUGCGGUCGUCUAAUCUCGUUGCGUCAGAGUUCGGCGUAUGGGAAAUGCAUCGUGGCGGAUUACAAUUCGGUGCAUAAGGACAAGUGCCUGACGGAAUUUCUGCGGCUGAAGGAUUGUUACAUGGUGAGAGCGUUGGUUGGGCUCAAUUCACUACCCCUGCUAAUAUGUGCGCAGGCUGCUGCCAAGCGGAAGUCAUGAUGAAUUCUUUGGGCUUGUGGAAUGAACAUAAUGUACAAAAGUAUAUCAUUGCGAAGGGCGUUCAAUUAUGACGUAAGAAUGCAGUCUUCAGGCAAUGGAAGACUAAUGGAAGACUUCCCCACCACCACAUCGUAGCAAAAUCAAUAGACGACAUCAAAUUCCUCAUCUUUCGAUCGCCUUUGUCUUUCUCAAAGCCCGCCGAGUUCAUGGUUCACAGUGGCACUGCUUUCAAUUCUAAAGAAGCUUUUUUUUUAUUGAGCAAAAGAGGUUUACAUGUCGCUUUCUAGGUAAGAGCACAAAUCAUCCCAUCGCAACCCCUCUAACCACCAAUCAGAUCUUCAUAGCUUCAACAGUCUCAGCAAGAAGACUGCAUUCUGAAUCUCUUGCUCUUCCUCCAAGAUAAUUCCCUCUUGCUUACCCUCGGGAAUUUUUCCAUCAACCUCCGUAACGACAUGCUGAUCAAUCGGUCGUCGCAACGCCUUCUCGAUGACCUUGCCCUGUUCCACGAAUGCCUUGUCGAGUCCAAUCUUAUCAGGAUCCGAAAGCACCUUGUACUCCAUCUUCACAUCGUCCGUGGGCUGGAGGCCAGCUUUCUUUCGUAGUCUCUGAACACGAUUGAUGAUCUCUCGAGCCACUGCGAUAUCUGCAAGGUCAGCAUAGAUCUCAGCGUCGAGGAUGGUAAGGACGUCUUCAUCCGUGUUGGUUUCGAGAUUCUUCGACGAUUCGUCAUCUUUUAAGCCACGUUUGACAACGAGAUCACCCUCCUCUAGCUUGAUGCCAUCCACGGUUAUGGACUUGGUCAAAACGUAAUCAUGUACUUGAUCACUUGUCAGUCCUGGCAGAGCCUUUUUGACCUUUUGUACGUCUUUCUUGAGUUUCUUCCCGAGAACUGGCCAAUCGGCAUUAACGCUGUAUUGAACAUUGUACUUGGCUUCAUCGGACGAGAGAACCAAGUCGACAAUAUUCAGCUCCUCGGUAAUGUAUGCUUCCAGCGACUUGAUGUCUUCCAAGUAAACUGGGUCUGCGUGAAUGACGAUCAAUGUCUUUAAAGGUGUCUUGAGACCAAUCGUUCUUCGUUCUCUGGAAACUCUGGCAAGUUCAAUGACACGCUGCAUACGGCCGACACGUCGCUCGAUAUCAGCAUUGAAAAGUUCCUCUCUCACAUCUGGGAAGUCUAAGAAAUGAACACUUCUUGGAUCUUUUCCUUGAAGCUCUUUGGGGAUAUAAGGCAAUAGCUUUUGGUAGAUCAAAUCGGUGAUGAAAGGUGUGAAUGGUGCGAGACCUCUGACAAGAGUGUAAAGGACUUCGAAAAGUGUGUUGAGGGCAUGCUUGGUGUCUUCCACACCGAGCUCACCCUUUAGGCGCUUUCGGUUAAACCGAAUGUACCAGUUUGUAGUGUUGUCAAUAAGAUCCAGUAAUCUGGGGACAACAGUGUAAAGUCGGUAUCCUGCAGCUAAUUAGUACAAUGAAUAGUCGGAAGGAUCGC